CCCCGUGUCACCCGCUGCCGGAACACCCCGGCUCCCUCCCGGACCGCCGGCGGAAUCUCACCCAGCCAGGGAAGGCGCCCGUCCCCCACUUCGCCGCUUUCCGCCGCCAAUCGCCCGGGACAUCCUCCACACCGAGCCCGGACGCCGCCGCAGCCGCCGCCGCGCCAUGGCGAUCGCAAGGCAAGUGCUUUGUCUCUCUGCUUUCCUGGCGCUGCCGCUCGCUCGCGCCGAGCCCAUCCGCUACUCCGUAGCCGAGGAGGCGGAAAGCGGCUCCCUGGUCGGCAAGCUGGCGGAGGACGCGGGGCUGACGCCGCCGCAGCUCUCGGCUCGCCGCGCCCGCCUGCUCUCGGAGGACGGCCGGCAGCAUUUGCGCUUAGACCGCGGCUCCGGCCGCCUCCUCGUGGCGGGGAGGCUCGACCGGGAGGAGCUGUGCGCCCACUCGGCCACCUGCAUGCUCCCCUUCGAGCUGCUGCUCUCCGACCCCCUGCAGUUCUUUCGGGUCGAGGUAUCCCUGGAAGAUAUCAAUGACAAUUCACCCGUCUUCCCCGAGGAACGAGUCAUGUUUAAGAUCCUGGAAACAAGCGAGACAGGCUCACGUUUCCCGCUAGAUGUGGCUCUGGACCUUGAUAUUGGCAGCAACACAGUGCAGGCAUACAGUAUCUCUCCCCAGAACAAAUAUUUCAGUGUCUCCUAUGGGACUCGGACAAAUGGAGACAAGUUUCUUGAACUUGUUUUAGAAAAGUCUCUAGAUAGGGAGGAGCAGGCAGAGAUGCGUUUCAGUGUUAUUGCUGAAGAUGGGGGCUCUCCUCCCAGGAGUGGCACCACCGAAAUUAAGAUUGUCAUUCUAGAUGUAAAUGACAAUGCUCCCGUGUUCACGCAACAGCGUUACAUUUCAAAGGUCCUGGAGAACAUGCCUGAAGGUUCUGUGGUUCUGACUGUGCUGGCAACCGAUCAGGAUGCAGGGGAUAACGGGGACAUCACCUAUCAACUCAACCAGGCAGUGGGGCAGAGCGACUCAGCAUUUGUGAUUGAUGCCAGAACUGGGGACAUUAAAAUCACAAAACCCCUGGACUUCGAAGAAGCAGGCACUCAUGACCUCAGUGUGAGAGCUACAGAUGGUGGAGGGCUCUCAGCUAUCUGCAAAGUGCUGGUGGAGGUGGUGGAUGUGAAUGACAAUGCCCCAGAGCUGGCGGUCAGUUCCUUCAGCAGUCCCCUCCCCGAGAACACGGUGCCCGGCACCGUGGUUGCCCUGUUUACGGUCAGGGACCGCGAUUCUGGUGCCAACGGGAAGAUCUCGUGCGCCCUGGACGAUCAGCUCUUCUUCUCCCUGCGGCCAGCCUAUAAGAAUUACUACGAGCUGGUGACAGUGAGCGCGCUGGACCGCGAGCGCACGGCUCGCUACGUGCUCGGUGUCACAGCCGCAGAUGCGGGCUCGCCGCCUCUCACGAGCACGCACACCUUCACCGUGGACAUCUCGGACGUCAAUGACAACGCGCCCGUCUUCAACCAGACCUCCUACACCAUGUACGUGCGGGAGAACAACGCGCCCACGGUGUUUGUGGGAGCCGUGAGCGCUGCAGAUGCUGACGUGGGGCUCAAUGCCAAGGUGACCUACUCGCUGGCCCCGGUGCCGGCGGCAGAGCGGCCCUCGUGCUCCUGCAUCUCGGUGAACUCGGAGAACGGACACGUGUUUGUGCUGCGGCCGCUGGACUACGAGCGCUUGCGGCAGAGCGAGGUGACGGUCAGCGCCUCUGACGCGGGCUCUCCUCCCCUGCGAGCCAACGUCACCGUGCGCCUCGUGGUGCUGGACGAGAACGACAACGCGCCGCUCGUGCUCUACCCGGCCCAGGACGGCAGCGCAGCGUCCAGCGAGCUCGUGCCCGUGUCGGCUGAGCCGGGCUACCUCGUCACCAAAGUGGUGGCCGUCGAUGCCGACUCCGGACAGAACUCCUGGCUCUCGUACCACCUGCUCAGGGCCACCGAGCCCGGCCUGUUCAGCGUGGCUGUGCAGAGCGGCGAGGUGCGUCUCAAGAGGCCGGUGACGGAGAGGGACAGCGCCAAGCACAAGCUCCUCGUCCUGGUCAGGGACAACGGCAAGCCCCCGCUGUCAGCCACCGCGGCUCUGAGCGCGCUCCUGCUCAAGA